CUCUCGCUGCUUCCCUCCUCUCCAUUCCUCAGCAGCACGUCAUUGUAUUCAAUACACCUCGCAUUAAUUCAUGUUUUGGAUCGAUGGUAAAAACAAACACUUGUUUUUAGUGAUGCAAGCACUCAUGUCGUCGAUGCAACGUGCAGCUGCUGCGCAACCAGUUUGUUUCUGCCUCCUUCUCUUUUUGUCGCAUUGGAUUUAAAGGAGAAGCGGAGUUAUUGAAUAUGAGAGCACACUUAUAUAUGUUGGCUGUUUUUCUAUAUCUGUGAGCCGUUUGUGACAGGAAGACAUGAUUGUCAGAAACUCGAAUAGUGUCCUCCGGUGAUAAUUUUUGGGGCGCCCACAGGGAGGUCGAGAGAGACACCCGGAGAAGAUCCCUCCGGACAGUCUAACUGGAAGGCGUCCAGCUGGCGGGCUGAGCAGACAGCAGUGCACCUCAGAGCAGAGGACGCAGUGAAGGGCAGCAUCCAGAGACCCACCCUGCUGGAUCAUGGGAAACCAGACUGGGAGAGAAAGUCAUGGCACCACAGGUUCUCCUUUAGAUUUCUACCAGACGCCUCCCACCACGCCCUCAGAGGCAGAUCUGGCGGCCAUGGCCUUGUCCUGUACAGCCUCCUCCAGUAAGGCACAGACUCCAUCACCGGCCGGCAGCACCACCAGCUCUCCCCUCGCAGAAUGGACACAGAAACUAUCCGCUCCCUCAGAGUGGGCUGUGAUCAGCGUGGACAGCAUCAGCUCACAGACCAAUGUGAGCGAAGCAGCAGUGAGGCAGCAUGGGGGGGCGGCGGGCAGCCCUACGUCGCGGCCCCCGUCCAGAGGAUCGCCCUCAGAGCACAGCUGGCAGGAGAGAGACAGCGGAGUGGAGCCGCAGGCCGCAGCAGAGAGGAGUGAGGAGAUGACGCUGGUGCUGCUCAGUCUGAUGGAGCACUACAGGGCCUCAAUGGGCCUGACCCCCAACACUGAUGUCACCACAGGAGCAGUGGAGCUGCUCAGGUGCUUGAUAAUGGAGAGAGAUGAGCUGGUGGAGGAAGUGGACCAACUGAGGGAGACACUGAGGAUGGAGAGGUUGGAGUGGCAUCAGUUCCAGAGUGACCUGCAGGUGGCGGUGUCUGUGGCCGACCGGCUGCGGGUGGAGUCGGAUCAGGCCCUCAGUGAGGUGCAGGAGAGUCACAGAGCCGUGGAGCAGCAGCUGGAUCAGGCCCUCAGCAGGCAGCAGGAGAGAGACACAGAGCUGGAGAGUCUGGAGGUCCAGCACCAAGACGUCUGCAGCCAACUGAGCGAGGUGUCCCUGCUGCGGGAACACGAGCGAGCCGAGCUGGACGCUCUGAGGAAGGCGUGCAGGGAGAAACGCAUGACGAACUGUGACAAACAGACACAGAGACAAGACUCUGAGGUGGGGCAGAGGGAGGAAACACAGAGAGUUGUUGUGGAGAAGCCCAGGGAAGUUGAAGCCGACACUGAAGUAAACAUUUUUGAAAAGCCAAAGCAGCCGACUGAUGCAAGUCAAGAGGCGGAGGAUCAAGGUGACUCUGAGGAGGCUGAUGGAUCAGGCAGCACGGCGCUGAAGGGGAAAGGGGUGGCGGAGGGAUACCUUCGCAGUCUGGCUGUGCUGGAGACGAAGAAGGAUCCCAGGAGGAUUGUGAUGCUGUCUGAAAGAUCUUGGAGUCUCUCUCGUCUGCCACUCCCAACUGACUCCUCCAGGGACAAUGGGACCUCAAAAGAAACGAGCACAACACUGCCGCUAUGCAAGAGAGAGGAGCCACCAAAGCCGAGGAGAACAGACCGGAUCCUGCAGCGUCAGGACAGCUGGUCCAGCUUUUACACCGGCAAACAGGAUGAGGACCAAAGCACAGAUUACAUCAAACCCCAGGAUGGUUUCAGUGCUCUGCUGAGGCGUCAUGGCGGCUCGAGGAGAAACUCCCUGCUGCGCUGGUGCCAGAGUCGUACCCAGGGUUAUAAGAAUGUUGAGAUCACAAACUUCAGCAGCAGCUGGGAGGACGGCCUGGUGUUCUGCGCCGUUUACCACACAUACUUACCAACGCACAUCCAGUACGACACCCUCGACCCAGCACACAAGAAGGAGAAUCUGGACCUUGCUUUUAAGACUGGAGAGAGUUUGGGAAUCACAGCCACACUGAGCGUGGAGGAGAUGCUGAAGGCCGACGGGCCGGACUGGCAGAGGGUCCUCGGUUAUGUGGAAAGCAUUUUCCGGCACUUUGAGAUGUGAAGUUAAAUGUCUCUCUUCUUGUUCUUCCUCCUGGUCCUUUACCAUGAUUGUGACUGAAGAACUGAAACACUGUUCAUCACAAUCUGCUCAUAAUGAACUCUGAUCAGCCAGGAUCAGAAAAUAUGUCUGCAAUAUUAAGACUUAACGGUGUGCUUUUAUGUAUCAAAUAUAAUGUUCAUCACACAGAAACUUAACCUUGGGAGUAUUUUUAUUUUUUUUACUUAUCUAUUCAUAUCCAAAUAGCAGCAAGGUGAUGCAACAGACACUUUGUCAGAUUUAAAGUGAGUACAGGAAUACAAACACCUCGACUAUUACUUUCACGUUGGGUGCUGAGUGCACUGGUUUUGCACUGAUUGUAAAAACAAAAGAGCACUUUAUUAUUAAUGUUGACUUUUGUUUCACUUUUUUUAUUUCUGAAUAUGGGGCACUUGAAGUUUUAUUUAUCUUGACUUUAUAGUUAUUUUUUUAUCAUGAACGUCUCCCACUUAUCAUCAUGUCUGCAUGCACCCUAUCCCAAGAAGUAGGAUGCAGACAUGAGAUUUUAAAUGUUGGAUUAGUGAUGUUUUAACCUUAAAAACUCAAAUGUUCAUCAAUGCGAAAGUUAACUUUGAGGAAAUGUAAAUAUGUAAAUGUGUGUAAGCGCUUCAGUAUUUUUAGAAACAUGGUAAACAUAUGAAGAUGUUGUUGCCAAAGCCUUAAUGCAAUAAUAAAGUUAUGUG